AUGGGCUUUGACACACGACGACCACCCCUCCCCGCCCCGACAGAACCCUCGACUCUCAGUGCCGCAGACCACGAAGACAGCACUCUCCGCGACGACGUCGACACCAACGUCUCCGCGCGCACCGACAGGACUUCCUACAGCAUCCCCGAAGACGGCACGCCCGUCACCAUCAACACCACCAAGGCCUCGCUCCACAAGAAGUACCCGAGCCAGACGAGCCUGCUGAUCGAGUACUUUGAAGCCGGCAAGGAGAACGGCAAGACGCGCUCCCGCCCCAGCGUCCGCGUGAGGGUCACGCCCAGCUCGCGCAAGAAGAGCCGCCACGGCAUCGACCAGGUCCACCUUACCCAGACCGCCAAGAACAGCAGCAAGCCCUCGUACACCCGCCGCAUCUCGCUGCAGCAGAAGAGCCGCGACGAAGUCGUUCAGACGCACACCCAGGAGUACUCGGACGGCUCUACCGUCUCGUCGCUGCCGCCGGUCGACAUCGAGGUGCUGAACACCGGCAGCGACCUGUCCAGCAGCGGCGCUCGCUUUAUCCCCAUGACGUCCGACAUCUCCUCCAUGCCCGCCGACAGCAUGCUGGAGGGCACACCAGAGAUCAUGCCGCCAGGGCGCCGGCGAAGCAGAAGCCUCGAGAGGGACACCGUGCUCACCGACUCCAACGUCGCCGAGUCGCCAGAGAUGCUCAAGGCGCCGAAGCACCAACGAAGUAGGAGUCUGAGCAAGGACCGCAUCACGCAGCGCGUCAUGGAAAAGCUGCAACAACAGCAACAGCAACAGCAACAGCAACAGCAACAGGCCCAAGCUGAGACGUCCUCGAGCAGGACAAGAAAGACUGAAAAGAUUGGCAGGGAUGCGCUGAGUUCGCCCCGCAAGUCGUCUCGGAGACGAAGCAAGGAUCCCCGUGAGGAGGAGUUUAGCACUAUCAGCGCCACAGAGUCUAGUCUGCUCUCUUCCAACGCUGACCGCCGAUCUGGCAUUGCAUCUGUACGGUCAGGUGUCUCCGGCACUUCGUCCAUCAACAACCCCAAGCUGCUCGCUACCGUCGAGGAUGCUAUCCGGCGAUUGAUUCUGCCUGAGCUGAAUGCCCUGAAAGAGGAAAACCGCACGUCCAAGAACAGGGACAAGUUCGAGCGCAUGUCUCGUGACAGCGGCGCCACAUACGAGACCGUCGAGACGGCAAGCUCGCGCGAUCCGUCCGCAUCAAGGCGGCGUGUCUCCAAGUCGUCGAGCGUACCGAACAUCCACGGCAGCAAGCCCAGAGUUGUACUCAACCGCGACGAUGAGAACUCGGGCGAGAUCCUCUCUGGUAACUCGAGCCGCAAGGAACGCAGAUCGAGCCGAGGCUCAACCUCUGAUCGCAGCUAUGCAGAGUCAACGUCCAAGACGACGACUACACGAGAGAAUUCACACAAGAGAAGGAGCGGCCGCGCUGCACGAGAGGCGGAAAUUGCUGCUCUUGGUGCAUCAGGGCUUACUGCUGCGGCUUUGAAGAAGCAUACUUCUCGCGAAGAAGAAGUAGAAGAGCGCAAACAUAGGAAGAAGCACUCUUCUCGGUCCAGUCGAAGCCGGUCCACGAGCGUAGCAGAAAGCGCAGAGCAGGAGGAGUUCGUGAAAGAUGUGCCGCCUCUGCCGUUCAUCCAGAGCGAGCUUCAGGGCUCUGAGUUCACUCGCGAUUCGAUUCUGUCCGCCGAGACUGAGACAAAAGGUCGUUCGAGGUCGACAUCGAAAUCAUCUAACACUACGGGUGCAGAGACACCGCUGCGAGAAGUGCCGCGCGGGUAUGCUUCGCCGACACCGCACACACCCACCAGGACUACUCCGGCUGCUCUGCAACGUACCAUUCGCACUUCGCAUAGCAACCACUCGAUCGAGGAUGUUCGAUUGAUGUCUCCCAUUAGUGACAGGAGCUACGGAUCAAGAUCGAGAGGCGUUGGUCCAGCAAGCCUGGAAGCGGCAGCGGCAGCCAAGGCUCGAGCCAUUGAGCGCUCGGAAACACAGGCGUCACACUACGAGAUUAUCGACACCACACCAACUCGAGGCCUCAGUCCUAUCCAGAGCGAAGCCAGCUACCGUGAAGAUGUGCACACUACUGGCUCGCCCAGGCAUCUGCGAACCGUACACAGCAACGCAUCUGUGUCAUCGCUAGGAAGGCAAGUGGAGAGACAACCAUCAAACCUUUCCAUUGGGACCUUGGAGUCGACCGCAAGUACCAAAGCAGCCCGCACACGCAAGCGACCGCAGGGUGUUAACCUCGAGAGCGUGAGAUCCGCCAUGGGCUCUCCUCAAACGCCCAAAACUCCCCGAGAUGCAGAACUGUUCUUUGAACAAAACCAUGAACAGAAUGAGAUGUACCGAAGGGAGCUAGAAGAGAGCUCUCAGCUUUCGGAGAACUAUCCUGACAACUUCAACCGCAUGACCAACUACACCGACGACAGCGAGGGCGUGCAGUAUCUUGAUCACGAGCAGAAAAUUGACCUCACACACCAAGACAUACGGAGGGUCGGCGCCAGUCCCGAGUACGUUCAUACCCCACUUGCGGUCGAGUCUGCUGUUGCUUCGCUGCAUGACCCGUCUACUAUCAGUGUUCGCUCUUCAGCUGUGUCGAGCCCUCUCAGGGAACCGAUGUCAAGUCCACUGAAGAAGAGCCGCUUGUCGCAAGUCAGCCCGGCGCCAAGCCAAGACCAGAUCUUGCACAUUCAAGCGCAUGAGAUCCCCAGUGGAGAGCGAUGGGGUGCGCUUCGUGAAAAGGCUGAGGCUUUGGCUCAUCAGCCACACCCGGCAGACAACUCGCCCAGGCAGAGCAUUGCUCAGUCGUUCGACGAGCAGCCCGAGAUGCAUCACAGCGCCUUCCCUGUUCAGGACCACAUGAUGCCUGAGAUUGGGUAUGGUAUAGACAAUGAGUCUGAGAUCUCGACAAACCCUUCGAUCAUCCAAGGCCCACUCAAUGGAGGCGACGGAUACUACGACCGCACUGAGGAGCUGAUGCACCGUCAAGAGGAGCGUGAGCACGCAUCUACUCGCCAAUCUAGCAGAAACUCGUUCAACAAGGGUGCCGCACUUGGCGUGGGAGCCGGCGCAGCUGCUGUAGCCGCUGCCGCUGCCGCUGCCCAUCAUCUGCACAACCGCAGCCCAUCAAUCGAUGAACAGCACCAGGCCACCGUAGAAGACGACUACGAGUCCUACACGGGUGAAUCAUUCGCUGGUCAAGACGAGCAGCCUGGCUACGCGCAAAGCAACCGCACGCCUCUAUCCGGUACGACUGGUUGGAAAGACGAGGGCUACCAAUCAGCUAACCAACGUGAAGGCUACACGCCUCAAAACCGCAAUCACUCAAAGGUCUUUGACGAUGAAUUUGCUGACGACUACGACGAGACACCUCUUGUCGGUGAGGACGUGUUUGCUUCCAAUGCCAAACAUGGCCGCCACUUCAGCGGCAACUCUCAUGGCAUGGCUUCUCCCCUCUACGACGCAGCGACUGGAAAGGGCAUCGAUCGUAUUCAGUCCAAGGACAUUGUCGCGCUCAUGGACCAUCUUACCGUAAGAGACGCGCAACGCAAUGCGAGGGACACGGAGAUUCUGGUUACGCUUGUUCGCUCUGCGGCGGAGAUGCGCAACCAGCUUGAUGAGCUGAAGGGCUUCAUUAAGGUGCAGGACAACAUGAUCAUGAACACCACGGAGAAGAGGGUGGACGUUGCCGAACAACGCAUCUUGGGCGGCCCACGACCACAGCCUUUUGGGUCACCGCGCGUUCCUCGGUCCACCUCUGACGACAUGGAGGCCGAGGCGAAGAAGAAGAACGUCUUCAAGCGUGCACUCAAGGGCCUGAGCAUGAAAGGUGACAGCGACAUCAAAAACAUCGAAGCUAUGCUCAUGCAACUGCUCGGUGACGUGGAAGGUCUGAAGCAAGUUCAGCAGCUGCAGUUGGAGCAGAACAACCGCUCGAACAGUCUCACCUCUUACGAGAACUUGAGGGCUAGCGGAGAUCCUGGCUAUGAACCGGAGGGUCGCGCCAACACUGCUUCGUCGCCAAACCAGUCCGGAUACCUCUCAAAUCCGGCCUCUUCGUCACGUCGCAUCAACGACCUGCACUCCGGAUACGAUGUUGUGCAGACGAACCGCAUAAGCACUGUACACGAAGAUGACGAGGAGUAUCUCGAGCGCGAGCCUCGGUACGAGAACAGCGAGCGUAUGACAACACCCACACAAGAAGCUUUCCACAACAGGAGCCUAUCACAGGAGAAGGCGUCUCCUCAGCCAGCCAGGACUAGUCAAAGCCAGAGCCAAGAGGACACACCGAAGAAGAACAAGCACAAGUCCAACUCAUCUUCCAUCUUCGGCAUCCCCAAGAUCUCGCGCUGGUCAAAGACGACAUCCUCGACUGAGCCUCGCAACAGCGUAGAGAAGCGUCCGUACUCUUCGCACUCGCGCUCGAGCUCACAGAAAAGCUACGACUCGUACGAUGACGAAUACUCCCAGGAUGGUGAUCGCAACGACAACCGCCCACGCUCCGCUCGCACCGGCGACGACCGCUCAUUCCGUUCCGCAGACGACCACUCCGUGCGCUCGCCCUCGCCCUUGAUUCCUGAGGAGUAUGAGACAGAGGAUCCCAAGUACCACGCCCACCGCAACAGCUUGAACCUGCAGCAUCCGCAGCCGCGCGCUGGACCCACCGGCCGCCAUCAGAACCAUCUCGAGACCCAGGCCCAGGUUUACGUACCUGACAAUGUCAGUGGCGUUAGUGGGAGUGGUAUCGCCUCGCCUGACUACGACCAGUGGGGUAGCAUGCCCAGUCUCGCACGCAACAGGAUGAGCGCCGGCACCGCUAGCUACAACCCCGGCAACCUGUCUCCUAUCUCAAGCGACGGUGGCUACUCUGGACACUCGGCAAGCGAGCAGACGGGCCGCAUCGCCCAGCCGCAGAAGAUCGUCGACGAUGGCCCGCUUAUCCCACCCAACAGCGGUGUGCUCGCUGGGUAUGGCCAGACGAGGCAGAUGUAUAGCAGCCCGAAUGAGUUUGGGUCUCAGGGCGUGUUGACGCCGCUCGCGCCGAUUGCGGAGGUGAGGUACAGUCUUGAGACGGAUAGGGGUCACUAUCGCAGCUCACCUACUCCCUCUCCCCGGCCCAGCAGCGCACACCUCCGCGCAUCUACUCAGCAAUCCCCGCAGCGCAAGAUCACGGGUCCCCGGCCCAUGGGCCCUCGUUCCCCUGCUCCAGGCGCGAGUCCGCUCCGCCAGUCCCAGCAGCAGCAGGAGCUGAACAGAGAUGAUACGGUGAUCCGCCGCAAACCUGUGGGUGCGCCGAGCCAUACCGAUACGGAGAGUUUGCUGAGCUACCGCACAUCUAUUGACGGCAGUGAUGACGGACGGAGUGAGACUUUCUAG